AUGAACUUCCUACCUAGGGCAAACUCAGAGGCUGGAACCAGUAAUGAUGCUGCACCAGCAUCAGGAAGUGAGUACCAAGUGUUCUUGAGUUUUAGAGGGCUUGACACUCGUCAUGGAUUCACAGACUUCCUCUAUAACGACUUGUCAGAUGUCGGAGUCCGUGUAUUUAGGGAUGAUGAUGAACUUCACGUUGGAGAACUAAUCAGUGACAACCUGCUAAGUGCUAUCAAUAACUCCAUAAUUUACAUACCCAUCUUCUCUCAGACUUAUGCUUCCAGUAAAUGGUGCCUUUGGGAGCUUGCGCAUAUAGUGGACAACGUGUCUAAAUCAAAGGACGAAAAGUGUAUCUUUCCCAUUUUUCUCGACGUGGAACCAGAUGAUGUUAAACUUAAAACGCGGAUAUAUAGCGAUGCUUUAUUGGAACAUGAGAGGAAGUUUCCCAACGAAGUCGAGGCAUGGAGAGCGGCUCUUGCAGCGGUAGGUAAAAUCAAGGGAUUGAACGUGACAUCAAGCCAAGCAGCGAUUGUCAAAUUAGUUGUUGAAGAGGUUUUGAAGAAGCUGAAGAUAAAACAAAAAUCAGUGACUGAAUAUUUAGUUGGAUUUGAUGAUCGGAUAAAAGAGUUGACAGAGUUUUUAGAUGUCAAUCAUGAUGAUGUGCGGCUCAUUGGAAUUUAUGGAAUGGGUGGCAUCGGUAAAACAACUAUUGCCAAGGUCGUCUUUAAUAAAUUAUGUUCCCACUUUGGGAAGCGUUGUAGCUUCCUUGACGACGUUCGUGAAAGGUCGAAUAAGGAGGGCAUAGUCUCAUUGCAGAAGCAAUUACUAGUUGACAUUGGUGGUUCUGGAACUUUAGGAGAUAUCAACAAUAGUGAACAAGGAAUGAGGAGGAUUAGAGAAACACUCAGCAAUAAGAAGGUCCUGGUGGUUUUGGAUGACGUUGAUAAGAGAGAGCUCAUUAGUAAUCUAAUAGGAAAUUCCAAAUUAUAUCCAGGAUCUAGGAUAAUUAUUACAACAAGAAACACUUCUGUUCUAGAAGUUGUAGAAGUUGAGGGAUUUGAAGGUGAAACUCAGCAGUAUGAGAUGUUAAAGAUGGAUGCUGGUCCUGCACUUCAGCUUUUUAGUCGGCAUGCUUUUAGUGGAGACUUUCAUUCGAACGAUUAUCGCUGGCUUUCAAGUGACAUUGUCUCAACUACGGGAGGGCUUCCAUUAGCUAUUCAAGUGAUAGGUUCAUUGCUCAAGGGGAAACGCCAAGAAAUUUGGGAAGAGACAUUGGGAAAGUUAAGGAAUGUUCCUGCGAAAGAGAUUCUAAAUAAGUUAAGGAUUAGCUAUGAUGAUCUAGAAGAACGUCAAAAACAAAUUUUUCUUGAUAUAGCGUGCUUCUUUGUCAACAAGAAUAAGACUGAUGCAAUUUACAUGUGGACCGAUUGUCAAUUUUAUCCUCAGGAAGGAAUUCAAGUCCUUAUCGAUAGGUGCUUGAUAAAGAUAUUGGACAAUGAUAAGUUAUGGAUGCACGAUCAACUUAUAGCACUGGGAAGGCAAAUUGUCCGUGAAGAUAGUCCAAAUGACCUUGAAAAGCAUAGUAGGUUGUGGAUUGCAAAAGAGGCCCUUCAAAUCAUAGGAACCGAAAAGAAAAAGUGCAAGGUUCAAGCGCUUGAGAUAUCUACGGAUGGUUCCCCCAUAGAGAUUAGAAAUGAAGACUUUAAAAUGUUGCCGGACCUAAGAUUCCUCGAUUUAAAAAGGGGAACUUAUGUUGGGGACUUUGCAAAGUGUCAUUCAAAUUUGAGAUGGUUUUCUUGGAGUAAUCCUUGGUUUUCGGGAGGAUCAUGGUAUAAACAAACUCGAUUUGGAUUCUUUACCCAAGAAAACAAACUCACUUUGGAUUUUAGGGCAAGCAAUUUGUAUUUGGAUAAGCUUGUUGUUUGUAAACUUCACGGCCAUGACUUCAAGGAUGAUUCAAAAGCAUGGGACUUGAUCAAGAGAGCAGAAAAUUUGAAAGUUCUAACUAUUACUUGGUGUUCUGGCAUAACGACAAUCCCAAACAUCUCUAGAUGCUCGGCUUUAGAGAGAUUGACUCUUGUUCGAUGCUCCAGUCUAAAGAGAAUUGAAAGCUCCAUUGGAGAUUUGCAAUCAUUGAUUGAGUUAAAGAUUAUAGAUUGCUCGAAUUUAAUUGAUUUGCCAAAAGAAGUGGGGGCACUGGUGAAGCUCAAGUGUUUCUCCUUGCAGUAUUGUGAAAGGUUGAGAGAACUUCCAGACUCACUUGGGAAUUUGACCUCAUUGACAGAGUUAGACUUGUCAGGAACGAUAAUAAUGGAACUUCCCAACUUCAUUUUACAGUUAAAAUCAUUAGAGAUCUUGCGCUUUCCACUGUGGCCAUUCAAUGUCAAUAAGUGUUAUGAUCAUCAAUUAACUUGUGGCAUCAGCACUUUGUUGACUUAUCCUUCUCAACCACAAGAGAUUGUUUUGGGACACUCGGACUCAAAACCCCCAGUGCAGCUUCCAUCCUCCAACUGGAGGUGGAGAAAUUUGUCAACUUUAGAGUUCUAUUGUUGUGAAGUGCAAGACAUUUCGCUAGAUGGACUAUCACAACUGGAGAACUUAAGGGUUUUCGGAUGUAAACGGCUUCAGAGAUUAUCCAUUCCGUUAGAAUUAAGGAAGCUGCAGCAAGUGAUGGUGGAAUCUUGUCGAGACCUAAUUGAGAUACAAUUUGUGGAUGUUUCAAAAUCAUUGGAAGGCUUGACUGUCGUUGAUGGCAAAUCUCUGACAAUAAAUAGUGGGUUAUCAUACUUGAAGAACCUGGAGAGAUUGGAAAUUAAAUUUUGCGAUGUACUUACUAAUGUUGAGGGCCUAAACGAGCUAGAGUCUCUGAAAGCUUUGUCGGUCUACUGGUGCAUGUCAUUGAGAUGGUUGAUUGAUGCAUCUUGCACAAAAAUACCAGAUGAUUGCAUCGUCAAUAUACAAAUGUGUGGAUACUUUAUCAAAGAUUCUAUCAAACAUCCUAUGUCUAUGGAGGGAACGCCUUUGAAGCAUUACAAAAAGGAGAUCCUCCAGAAUACUUCAAAGAAGGAUUCCUUCACAAUCCGAUUCCACCUUGGAGUAAAGAAGCCCAGGGAAGUGUGGUUUAGGUCUGUUUGUGGAAUAGAGAGAGAAAAGGAAGGCGUCGACCCCGAUUCAGUGACAUAUGAAGGAUUGAUUGCUGACGUGAAAAGUUUCGGCUUUCGUUUCAAGAGAAUGUGGUACGAGACCAAGGGUACUCACAUUAUGCAAAUGCAAAUCGGGAGUGAUGCGUGCGUGAAUGAAAUGUUGGACCGGGCAUGUAUGCAAGGAUUCAUUAUUCAUUUAUACGUCGAGGGAGGGGUUGACAGUGAGUGGGAGGGAGAAUACGAUGAGGAGAUGAUGAAGAUGUUAAGGGAGGAACGGAGAAUGAAGACUGACGUGUAUUCUAAUGAGGAUGGCGCUAAGGGGGACGUUUCAUGUCCUAAUGAAGACUCAAACUCUGCACCUGUGGGUGAUGAAGGAGAAACUCAUGGCAACUCCUCCGUUGAUGAUUCUCAGUUAGGGCGGGGCAAUGCUGAAUGUUUUGAGGCUACGACGUCAAUUGCAGAAGAUUUAGACAGUGUUAAAAAACAGGUGGAGCUUCACGAAAAACCUAGGGAUGAGGAAACAAUAACUUUGGAGCAUUAUGGAGAGGAGAUUUUUCUGAAUACAUUAAACAAGGUGUGA